UACCUUAAUUAGCUGUAGCUUCCUUAUUUCUGUAUCUUAGCAUCCAUUCCCUAGAGGGAUACUGUGUCUCAAAGGCAGAGUCUGUCUUCUUCGUCACUUGGAUCUCCGUUAUCUAGGACUGAGGUGGUUUAUAUGCUUCGAGAUGAAAGGGGUCAAACAUGUCCUUUACCCUGUAGUUCUCAAGACUUCACAGGGAAACAAAGUACUUAACUCUCAGGUGGUUCUUUUCUGUCUUUCUCUGGUAUGAGUUAUCUAAUAACCAAAGAGGACUCUGACCUUUGGCCUGUUCUUAACUUUCUAACUCCUUUCAUCGGAGGGAGGGAAGGUGACAGGGGGUGCUCUGUGAUGUGAAAGCCCCACCUACCCUCUGCCCCACAGUUUCUCCUCAUGCAGACUGGAGAAAAUAUGAGCAGUAUAGCUAGUGUGGGUCAGGGGAGCUCUAAGGGGCCGGCGCUGGAAACCAGAAAUAAAGUGGUAUGAAUCAAAUGGUAAAUGGUGGUAAGAGAGGCACCUGCUGAGGAUGAAGGGCCACAGGUCGUGCCUCCUCAGUGGGCUCCUAAAUGUCACUUGGUGACAUCCCAGAAGCCCACCUAAAGGCCCUGCAUCCUGCCAGGUGGUCGGUUUGCCCACAGCAUCCUGAGAUCUUCCUGGGUGAACCAGAGGAGAAUGGUCCUUGCCCAGGGCCGCGCCAUCAGGGCCCAGGCAGAGGCAGGAAGUCGAGGAUAGCCAGUCCUAUAGGAUGGGCAUAGUGGAGCCAGGGAGUCAUCGAGGUAAGGAAGAAUUUCUAGAGGAAGGGACCUGAGUUGGGAAGAACUGGUCAAGGAGAGAGAAGGGGUAGCACUCUAAUCUUGGACAGAAGACUUGGGCGGGGUUUGGUAGAGCCAGGUUGUUGAAGUCUAAGCUAUGGGGAAGUGAGUGUCCCAGGAGAUGAAUUCUUAGACAGGAGGGGAAAGGCAAAGUCCUGACCUCUUCCUCCUCACAUCCUUCUACCUGCUCAAAUCCCCUUGCUUUCAGGUACAAUGGAGGACAAACGCAACAUCCAGAUCAUUGAGUGGGAACACCUGGACAAGAAGAAGUUCUACGUAUUUGGCGUGGCAAUGACAAUGAUGAUCCGUGUCAGCGUCUACCCAUUCACCCUCAUCCGCACCCGGUUGCAGGUUCAGAAGGGCAAGAGCCUCUACCAUGGGACCUUUGACGCCUUCAUCAAGAUCCUGCGGGCAGAUGGUGUGACUGGUCUCUACCGGGGGUUCCUGGUCAACACCUUCACGCUCAUCUCUGGCCAGUGCUACGUCACCACUUACGAGCUCACUCGGAAGUUUGUAGCUGACUACAGCCAGAGCAACACAGUCAAAUCGCUGGUGGCUGGUGGCUCAGCCUCCCUGGUGGCUCAGAGCAUCACGGUGCCCAUUGAUGUGGUCUCCCAGCACCUGAUGAUGCAGCGCAAGGGUGAGAAAAUGGGCCGCUUUCAGGUGCGCGGGAACCCAGAGGGACAAAGGGUGGUUGCUUUUGGCCAAACCAAGGACAUCAUCAGGCAGAUCCUGCGGGCUGAUGGGCUUCGAGGCUUCUACCGAGGCUAUGUGGCUUCACUGCUUACGUACAUCCCAAACAGUGCUGUCUGGUGGCCCUUCUAUCACUUCUACGCAGAGCAGCUCUCAUACCUCUGUCCUAAGGAGUGCCCUCACAUUGUUUUUCAAGCCAUCUCAGGGCCCCUGGCUGCAGCCACUGCCUCCAUCCUCACCAAUCCUAUGGAUGUCAUCCGAACCCGCGUGCAGGUUGAAGGCAAGAGCUCCAUCAUCCUGACCUUCAGACAGCUGAUGGCAGAGGAGGGACCUUGGGGCCUCAUGAAGGGCCUCUCGGCCAGAAUCAUCUCUUCCACGCCCUCCACCAUCGUCAUUGUGGUGGGCUAUGAGAGCCUCAAGAAGCUCAGCUUGCGACCUGAGCUGGUGGAUUCAAGACACUGGUAACCAGUGGUGGGGAGAGAAGCCUGCUGUUUCCGCACCACUGGGUCGGGGGCAGAGUGAGGAGGGUAGCACCCUCUCUGUCGCCCCCACCACACACCCAGCCCUGCCCUGGGCCAGGUGGCCUGUCUGGGACAGGGACAGAGACUUUGAACUGCUCUUGCCGAAGAGAUUCUAAGCCUGGACCCCCUGCCCCCACUAUUUUUAAUUCUCUUGCCAAACCAGGCUCCCUCACAUAGUCCCUGUACUCCAUCCUGCCCUAAGGAAACCUCCACCUGCUAACCCUUCUGGCUUCCCCUUCCAUCUGUGUUCCUGAGAUCCUGAGAAGAGCUGUACAUAGAGCUUAUUCACUACCAGUGGUCUCCCUCUUGGGUCUACAGCUCAUGCUCCAAGCAGCUGCGGUCAGCCCUCCACACUUCUUCUUUUAGGCUGGCUUAUUUUUAUUUUGGAGCUGAGCUGCCCACCAGAUUACUCUGCUUUCCCCUGCCAUUGGGGCAGGGUGCCAGGCACUCUGUACAGGGACUAGGAGUAGCAAAAACUCUGGUUCUCCAGAGAACUUGUCCUCUCUUUGGAGGGGUUAUUAGGUUGGGGAGAAAUGUUGAUACUUUAUUUUGUGGGCUUUUUGUUUUUUAUUACCUCUGUGAACCAGGCUAUUGUCUUAGUCCUGCUAAAGCACCCGUCCUGCAGUUGGAGCCCAGCCCUUCCUUAGACAGGUGGAAAAUGUAAUGUUUUUUCCUCAGUCCCAGUUUCCUAUCCCUGAAGUCCCAGGAGCCCUGGGACAAUAUAAGCUGCUGGCUUCCCCUGGCCCAGAGGACUACAGUGGUGGGCACAGUUCUAAGUUGAUGAGGGUGUUUGGGACACACUGGACUUGGACAGUACCCUGGAAAGUCAGGUUGAGAGAGCAGUCCAUUUGGAAAGCGACAAGAGGGGUAUGUGCCCAGCAUGUUUCCCCCAGGCCUGCUGGGCCCAGCCUAGGAGGGCAGUGGAGGUUCUCAGCCCCAGGCAGCCCUAGACACACACAAGUGUACUCUAAUCACUGGAACUCGUGGAAACAAAUGCUAUCUCACAACGGGUAUCUCUGAGAUGUGGAACUGUUUGUUUUUUUCUCCCUCAAUGUGAAGAGUUAUUCCAAUCAUGGUACCUUUUGGAGGGCUGCUUGGAGGAGAGUCAUAAGUGGGUCAGGAAGUCACCCAUACCAGGACCACUGCAUUUACCAGCCUGAUACUGCCAAGAUUAUCUGUUGACACUCUCCUCUGAAGGAGCUGGGAGAUGGGCUCUCCUUCCCUGCCCAACUUCCCUCCCCAACUCCUCCACCAAGCCUGCAUUGCAAGCGGAGAGGUGCAGCAAACAGAAUAAGAAGGAGGCAUGUCAACCCUGCAUUUCCACUUGAGAUAUCUGUCCUGGACAAUCCUUCAAACCUUCUUAUUGGUCCCACCCACUGGGAAAGGCCAUGGUGCCAAUUUGAAAGGUGCUAGCUACCUGAAGCCUUGAUAUUUCUAUGGCUGCCCCCUAUUCUUACACCGUGGCCAGAUCAGAAUCUGAAAAUUGUUAUUUCUCUACUUUUACUACCAACACUGCCCAUCUUGGUCUCUAUCUUUGAGGAUGUUUUCCCUUUUCACAUAUUUUUGUCUCUUCCCGCACUUUAUCAAGGGAGUCCUCCCAUCUCUGUCCAGGAGUGGCCAUCCAGAUGAUUGGGCCCACAGAUCGUUUUGAAUCUUCCUACACCACAGUCACCCCUUUAUCUUAAGAACUACCAGUAUAAUGGAAGCAAGGGGCCCCUCCUCUCUCUUCAAGCUCUUCACAGCGACAUCUUUGUAGAUUGGUUCUAACUCCGUAUCUUCUCUCUAGUGACUUGUCUUCAGUUCUUCCGCACUAUGGCAAAGUGAGUAAAGUAUCAUGGGUAAGAAGUGGUCUCCUGCCUCUCUUGUCUUAGAGUGUUUCUGCCUCCUCUGUUUUCUUAUGCAGUUAUUUCACAGCUUUUGUCUCGUUACCUUUUCUCUCUCACAGUUUUAAAGGAUAAUGUGUAUAUAAUUAAGGGGGCCCCUUACCCCAACAUUUUCAUUUAGUAAGUUUAGGGACUGGGAUUGGGUUUGAUUAAAACAGGUCCUGGGGGAGAUUCAUCCAGUGGGCAGAGAGUGGGCUUCCGUUUCCCCAGAACUAGAGACCUGACCAGCUGGAAUUUUUGAUAUGUUGGUUCGUGGCCAAAACUGUAGAAGAAACUUGGAAGACUGCGCAAGACAGGAAAGCUGAUGGGGAGUAUUGAGGGGCGAGGGAAUUAAAAUGCAGACGCACUUAAUAUUUGAUAAAGUGGACUCUUGUGAAUAUUAACAGUGAGUAUUCACUGUUGCACUGUACGAAGUCUUUGAAGUGUAAUUAAAGUUUUUAGUGAGCCCCGGAGCUUUGGCUUACGUUUGUUCUGCCAGGGCUGCCGCGAAACUACGUAGGUGUACCGCCCGAACCGUCUCCUC